AUGGCUUCAAUGAAUUAUUGUUUAACUAUAUGUCAUGCAGCUGAAGGACAACAUAAACAAAAAAUUCAACAACGUGUAACACAACCAGUUGAUAUUCCGAAGCCAACUUCAUAUAAUAAUAGUACUAAUUUUUUUGGACGUAUUUUAUCAUUUGGUUCAACAUUAGCUGUAUCAACAUCAGGACUUAAUAGUCCAUUUACUUCUACAUCUUUAAGUUUUACUGAUAUUGAUGAAAAUUCAUUCUAA